UUUUCCUUUUCUUUUUAUGGACUCGUUAUUCUUAUUUUCAUCAAACCUUUUCCAAGUCUCAACCGAAGAAUUAAACCUCAAAUGCUAGUACCCCACUUCUGUUUUUUCUUUGCUUAAUUAUUUUUUCAGAGGACCAAAAAUUGGAUCCCACUUUUCUUAAUCGAAGCAAAAAAAAUUACUUUAAGCUCCAAACUCUGCAUCUGUAUCUUUCUUGUCCAAAAAUCAAGUGUCUCUUGCUUUCACACAAAAACCUCUCCACUUCCUCGGUGUUUAACGCUCCUCUUUGAUGAUAAAGGUUCCUUUUUAAGUGUAAACCGUUGUCCAUUCACCUGCCCUUCUCAUCAACUCAUUAAAACCCAGCUCAAUUCACCCAAUUUUCUCAUCUGGGUCUCUCUUAUUUCUCUCAAAAUCCUCACUUUGAGGGUAUAUUUGCAUAAUUCAAUCGUUUUUGGGUUUUUAAUAAACAUGGUAUUAACGGAGGAUCCGAAUUCUGAGUUGAUGAGUGGACUCGUUGACUCAGUGAAAGAGAUUUCUAUGUCACCGGAAUGUAGAAAUGUUUGCAAGAAGAUGCAUGGCAAUUUGGUACGUAGAAUCAAGCUGUUGAGCCCUUUGUUUGAGGAAUUGAAGGACAACAAUGAAGAGCUAAGUGAAGAAGAGACUAAGGGUUUUGAAUUAUUGAGAACCGCUUUAGAUUCUGCUAAGGAGCUUCUCAAAUUGGUUGUUGAAGGAAGCAAGGUGUAUCAGACCUUGCAAAGAGACCACAUAGCAGAUAAGUUCAACCAGAUUACAGAAAAAAUUGAAGCAGCAUUGAGUGAGAUUCCUUAUGAAAAACUCAAUUUAUCAGAGGAGGUUCAAGAACAGAUUGAACUUGUGCACGCUCAAUUCAGAAGAGCAAAGGGAAGUCCAGAACUCCCAGAUCAUCAACUGGAAGUUGAUUUAGCCAUAGCACAGAGAGAGAAGGAGCCUGACCCUGCAAUACUAAAAAGACUUUCAGAAAGGCUGCAUCUCCAGACUAUUGAUGAUCUAAAGAAAGAAUCCCUUGCGUUCCAUGAACUGGUUAUAGCAAGUGGUGGAGAUCCAGGAGAUUGGUUCAAGAAGAUGGCAUCCCUCUUUAAGAAGUUAAAAGACCACGUUCAGAUGGCAAACCCUGAAGCUGAUUGUUCUGAGGCUGAAAAGGUCAUGAUGAAACACAGAUCUCCAGUUAUUCCAGAUGAUUUCCGGUGCCCAAUAUCUCUUGAACUAAUGAAAGAUCCUGUUAUUAUCUCUACCGGACAGACUUAUGAAAGAUCUUGCAUCCAAAAAUGGCUAGAUGCAGGUCACAAGACCUGUCCAAAAACACAGCAGACGCUCUUGCAUACUGCACUUACACCUAACUAUGUUUUGAAGAGUUUGAUUGCUUUGUGGUGUGAGAGCAAUGGUGUAGAGCUUCCUAAACAGCCAGGGGCUUGUAGAAGCAAAAAUGUAAGAAGUAGCAUUUCAUAUUGUGACCGAGCUGCGAUAGCUACCUUAUUAGACAAAUUGGCAAAUGGUAAUCUGGAACAACAAAGAUCAGCUGCUGGAGAGCUUCGUUUAUUAGCUAAGAGGAAUGUAGAUAACAGAGUCUGUAUUGCUGAAGCAGGAGCAAUUCCACUCCUCGUGGAGCUAUUAUCCUCAACAGAUCCUCGGACCCAAGAGCAUGCUGUUACAGCGCUUCUCAACCUUUCCAUAAAUGAUAUUAACAAGGGAACCAUUGUUAAUGCAGGGGCCAUUCCUGAUAUAGUAGAUGUUUUGAAAAAUGGAAGCAUGGAGGCAAGAGAAAAUGCCGCUGCAACCCUUUUCAGUUUAUCUGUUGUAGAUGAGAAUAAGGUGGCAAUAGGAGCAGCUGGGGCUAUCCCAGCUCUUAUAAAGUUGCUUUGUGAUGGGACUCCAAGAGGAAAGAAGGAUGCUGCCACUGCUAUCUUUAAUCUUUCAAUCUAUCAAGGGAACAAGGCAAGGGCUGUGAAGGCUGGUAUUGUCCCACCCCUGAUGAGGUUGCUGAAGGAUGCCGGGGGAGGAAUGGUGGAUGAAGCAUUGGCAAUUCUUGCCAUUCUUGCAAGUCAUCAAGAAGGGAAGGUGGCAAUUGGUCAGGCUGACCCAAUUCCUGUUCUGAUGGAGGUCAUCAGCACUGGAUAUCCACGCAACCGAGAGAAUGCUGCAGCCAUCUUGUGUUCACUUUGCACUGUCGAUUCACAGCAGUUGAAGUUAGCUAGGCAGUUCGGUGCUGAAGAGGCACUGAAAGAACUAUCGGAAAGCGGUACUGACAGGGCAAAGAGAAAAGCUGGAAGCAUAUUAGAGCUCCUUCAGGGAGUUGAUGCGAUUGUUACUCAAAGCUGACUCUGAAUCAUGCAGAAACGUUUCAGAAAAUCGCAAAACCAAAAUCAUGCCUGUUUGAAUGGUCCUUCGAUUUUGAAUAGGCGUUUUUGUACAAAAGGUUAUACAUGGAAGUGUGCAUAUUGGCGGCUUAGGCAUACAAGACUAGUGCGUACCCACCGAUUAAGAUAUAGGUAUAAACUAAUGGUGUGCCUCACCACCGAACACGGAGGAAAGGUCAGUGGUUCUGAAUUUAAUACUGUUCCAGCUCUGGAGGGACUUUUUUUAUCUUUAA